AUGUUGACUUGGAUGGUAUCGGUGGCCAGCAUGGUCCGAAAACUGGUUUAUGAGCGGGAGAUCCAGAUAGAAGAGUACCUGCGGAUGAUGGGAGUGCAUCCAACAACUCACUUCCUGGCUUGGUUCCUGGAGAAUGCAGCCAUGCUGACCUUGAGCAGUGCUGCUCUGGCCAUCAUUCUGAAAACAAGUGGCAUCUUCACCUACAGCAAUGCAAUCAUCAUCUUCCUCUUCCUCCUGGAUUUUGGGGUGUCAGUUGUUAUGCUGAGUUACUUCUUGAGUGCAUUUUUCAGCCAAGCUAAUACAGCAGCCCUGUGUACCAGCCUGGCAUACAUGAUCAGCUUUCUGCCCUACAUAGUUCUGUUGGUUCUACACAACCAACUAAGUUUUGUUAUUCAGACAUUUCUGUGCCUCCUCUCAACAACUGCCUUUGGACAAGGAGUAUUUUUCAUUACAUUCCUGGAAGGACAAGAGGCAGGAACUUUUGGUUCAAGGAAACCAUGGUAUUUCCCCUUCACUGCAUCAUAUUGGAAGACUAUAUGUGGCUUGGUGGAGAAACAGCGACGCUCUCUAAGUUCUAGUUUGUUCUUCUUCAAUGGGAACUUUGACAAUCCAGAGUCAUUGCCGCAAAGCAGAGGAGAGCUUGAAGGAGAUGCCCCAGGAGUCACUCUCCUGUCUGUGACUAAGGAGCAUGAGGGCCACAAGGUGGCUGUCCAAGACCUCACCCUCACCUUUCACAGAGGCCAAAUCACUGCACUGCUGGGGACCAACGGUGCCGGGAAAACCACCAUCAUUCCAGUUCAGAGUUCAGUGACACAGGAGAGAGUCAGAGCCUUCUCCCCAGAGCGGCUCUAUGUCACACAAUUACCCAAUUACAUUUUAGACCUCGAAUCCAUGUUGACAGGGCUCUAUCCUCCCACUUCUGGGGCCAUCAUGAUCAAUGGAAAGAAUCUGCAGACAGACUUGUCCCGGGUCAGGAUGGAGCUGGGGGUGUGUCCACAGCAGGACGUCCUAUUUGCCAAUCUCACCGUCCGGGAACAUCUCCUACUCUUUGCUUCCAUAAAGGCACCUGGGUGGACCCAGAAGGAGCUACAGCAGCAAGUCAACAAAACUCUCAAGGAUGUGGGGCUAAUUCAGCAUCAGCACAAACAAACUCAAACUCUCUCUGGAGGCCUGAAGAGGAAGCUCUCAAUUGGCAUUGCUUUCAUGGGCACAUCGAGGACAGUGGUUCUGGAUGAACCUACAAGUGGGGUGGACCCUUGCUCCCGGCGCAGCCUCUGGGACAUUCUGCUCAAGUAUAGGGAAGGUCGCACGAUCAUCUUCACAACCCACCACCUGGAUGAAGCUGAGAUGCUCAGUGACCGUGUGGCCGUCCUGCAGCAGGGGCGGCUCAAGUGCUGCGGUCCUCCUUUCUGCUUGACAGAGGCCUAUGGCCAGGGACUCAGCCUGACGCUCACAAAGCAACCCUCUGUUUCUGAGGUCCAUGAUCUCGAGGACAUAGCUUGUGUUACAUCCCUGAUACAGCUCUAUGUACCAAAAGCAUUUCUCAAAGACAGCAGUGAGAGUGAGCUGACCUUUGCCAUCCCAAAGGACACAGACAAGGCCUGCCUCAGGGAGCUCUUCCAGACCCUGGAUCAGAACUUAGAGCAAUUGCACUUGAUGGGAUAUGGAAUCUCAGACACCACAUUGGAGGAGGAGCAAGAACAGAGUGAACCCACAGCAGCACUUCACCCUGUGUUUAAAGCUGAAACAGCUGGUGACUCUCCUGUGAGGACCCCACCUGCAUGGACCCUGCAUGCACCUAUGCGAGGUCAUCAGCUGCUUCUCGCACAGGUAGCUGCCCUCCUGAGGAAAAGGCUGCUCCACACACUGAGAGCCUGGAAAAGCACAGUCUCAGACCUGCUGCUGCCUGUCCUUUUUGUGGCCUUGGCCAUGGGCCUUUUCAUGGUGCAACCUCUGGCCACCGAAUACCCUCCCCUCAAACUGACUCCUGGCCACUAUGAGGGUUUGGAAACUUACUUUUUCAGGCUUGGAGGCUGGUCUUUUGGAGUGCAAGACCCCGGUGAAAUUCAAGAUGUGAAUGCAAACAAGUCGAAACCAAGAACUCUGGCAAAGGCUGAUGGACACAGAGGUGACAUUGAGAAAUCAGCAAAUACACAGGAAGCUCAAAGGACCCCCAGAUUUUCAAGCCCUGGAAUUACACUCUAUAGCCACCCAUAUGGAGGAUCCUUGCUGAAUGAAGACAAGAUCCUGGAGAGCAUCCGCCAGUGUGGUGUUGCCCUCUGCAUUGUGCUGGGAUUCUCUAUCCUGUCUGCAUCAAUUGGUAGCUCUGUGGUGAGGGACAGAGUGACCGGAGCCAAGAGGUUGCAGCACAUAAGUGGCCUUGGCUACAGGACUUACUGGUUCACUCACUUCCUGUAUGACAUGCUCUUUUACUUGGUUUCCGUCUGCCUGUGUGUCGCCAUUAUUAUGGCCUUCCAGUUAACAGCUUUCACUUUCCGUGAGAACUUGGCGGCCACAGCCCUCCUGCUGGCACUUUUCGGAUAUGCAACACUUCCAUGGAUGUAUCUGAUGUCCAGAAUCUUCUCCAGUUCAGAUGUGGCUUUCAUCUCCUACAUCUCAUUGAACUUUAUCUUUGGUCUGUGUACCAUGCUAAUGACCACCAUGCCCCGGAUCCUGGCCAUCAUCUCCAAAGCCCAGAAUUUACAGAAUAUCUAUGAUGUCCUCAAGUGGGUCUUCACUAUUUUCCCUCAAUUCUGCUUGGGUCAAGGACUGAUAGAACUCUGUUAUAACCAGAUCAAAUAUGACCUGACCCACAACUUCGGCAUUGAUUCCUAUAUGAGUCCCUUUGAGAUGGACUUCUUGGGCUGGAUCUUUGUGGUAUUGGCCUCUCAGGGCACAAUUCUUCUCCUCUUGAGGAUCCUACUGCACUGGGACCUUCUGCAGUGGUCAAGGGGUCAUUCUUCUCUCCAAGGCACAGUCAAGUCUUCCAAGGAUAUAGAUGUUGAAAAGGAGGAAAUGAGGGUGCUUGAAGGAAGGACCAGUGGAGACAUCCUUGUGUUAAACAGCCUCAGUAAAAGUUAUGGAAGCUUUUUUAAGAAGACUAUGGCUGUGCAAGAUAUUAGUUUAGGCAUAUCAAGAGGAGAGUGCUUUGGACUCUUAGGAGUGAAUGGAGCUGGGAAGAGCACUACAUUCAAAAUUUUGAAUGGUGAAGUUCCUCCGAGUUCAGGACAUGCUGUCAUUAGGGCUCCCAUGGGGAAGGAGGUGGAUCUGUCUUCUGCGGGCAAGGCGGGUGUUCUCAUUGGCUACUGUCCUCAGCAGGACGCCCUAGAUGAGCUCCUGACCGGUUGGGAACAUCUCCAUUAUUACUGUAGCCUACGGGGGAUUACAAAGCAGUGCAUCCCUGAGGUGGCUGGAGACCUUGUGAGGCGCCUGCACCUGGAAGCCCAUGUGGAGAAACCUGUGGCUACCUACAGUGGGGGAACCAAGCGGAAGCUCUCCACAGCCCUGGCCCUAGUAGGGAAACCUGACAUUCUUUUAUUGGAUGAGCCCAGCUCUGGAAUGGAUCCUUGCUCUAAAAGAUACCUGUGGCAAACAAUAAUGAAAGAGGCGCAGGAAGGCUGUGCUGUGGUGCUGACCUCCCACAGCAUGGAAGAGUGUGAAGCUCUUUGCACCAGACUGGCCAUAAUGGUUAACGGUUGCUUCCAGUGUCUCGGCUCCCCUCAGCACAUUAGGAAUAGAGUUGUCUGA